UCCACAAGAUGUUUACUUCUGCUGUGAGGAGGUUGUCCUCGCUCAGUGUAAAAGAGCCAUGGAAAGUCAAAUUACCGGAAAAAUGGAAAGGAGGCUAUAUAGAGAAGUGGGGUAACUACUGGAUGGGUGUAGCUCAGGAUUACAAGGAAGUAGCCAUUGAUGUUGUCAAAGACUCGUACAAGUAUCCAGUAAAGGCAGCAUUUUAUUAUUCUCUGCUUGGAGGAACACUUUAUGCUUACAACACAAACCCCGAAGAAAAGGAUUUCCGGAGCACCCUCCAGACCUACAUGAAUGAGUCGGCAAUGCUUAGCGAAAGCAUCAGAAAUCCAGAGGUUGAUGCUCAUUUCCAGUAUUUAGUGGACUGCUAUAACCAUGGACUGGUUAGACGGUUGAACAUUGGCCUCUUCUCGUUUCUGUGGGUUGAUAAUUAUUCCAAAGUUUGUGGAGUGUUUAAAUCGCGCUGUGAGUACCUCAAACCGCGUUACUUAACAUUUCACGAACGCAUCAUGGACAUUGGCUUUUUGGGUCAGUGGUGGGUUAUUGACAAGAAAAUGGAGGAGUUUGAUAUUAAUCCAAAUGAAUGGAUAUCAAAAAGUGAUGAACAAUUGAAAUGAGUACAAUAGAGAUGUUUGCUUUCGUAAUGUUCAGACAAUUGUGCACAUGUAAAUUGUAAAACAAAAUAUAUAUAUGUGAAAUUUGUUAUGUAAAUGUAUGUAAUGUACAUAAAUUGUUUUAUAAAGUUA